UGUGAUAAUUAAUUUUCCAAACUGGCGUCCCAAGAAAGUUGCCAGGACAAGAAUACCCAUGAAAAGCUAAAGCAGCUUGAAGAUGAAAAAUGCCGACUAAUUCGGGCUGUUGAGGAUUAUUUCAACCAUGUGUAUUCAAAGAGCAACAACAGCCACAAAAUAAAAUCAGAUCUGAUAGAGGUGGAGGAGUGCAUUGAUCAGGCUUGCCAGCUGUUUAAGGAAACUUCACUCCAAAUUAAAAAUGAACUUUACCAUGAGGUGGAUGAGGAAGCAGGAUAUGAUUCACAGUUUCGCCAAACUAACAGACAGAGGCCCUACCAACAUGAUUACAUGUCAGACAGAUAUAGGACCCACCCACACGAUUACAUCUCUGUUGGGUCUGACUUAGCCACAUCCUUGUCGUUUGAGGUCCUCUCUAGAUCACCAUCCAUGUGCGGCCUUGAACCAGGACCAGGUGAAUCAUUACAUUACUCAGAUUCACCCCCCAAUCAGCUUGCGACACUAGAGAAACACCAGACAGCUGUUGAUUCAAAACUGGAAGAUUUAUUUACCUGUAUGGAUGAUCUUAAAGCUGAAGUGCAUGAUCUCAAACAAAAAGCACCUGAUACAAACAUACACUUAGACCAGAGUGAAGCCUUUCAAAGUGUGAAAAAAAAUGUUUCGUCUUUAAAAGAAAGUGUGACGGAUUUAUCCGCGUACAACCAGUACAUAAAGUCACAGUUGUCUAACUUGAACGAAGCGUUUACUCAGCAGAUUGGUGAGGUGAGUGACCAAUGCAGCCGUCUUGAUUUACAAGGAAGCGAAAGGGAUAUGGAACUCAAAAAUUUAACAAAGGUUUUUAGCGAAUGGAAAAGUUUAAUGGAGAAGAGAAUCGAUGACUUGGAAAAUCAUGUGAAAGUUGAUACAUUUGAUGUGAAAUCCAACCCUGAAAAUUGUUACAGUGAAACAAGGAAAUUCGAAUUUGAAGAUGAAAAAAAUUUCAAGCCUGAUUUGAAGCAAGAUAUAGGGACUGGUUUUAAAGAAACUGCAAUAAAAAAAGAUGUUUUUAGUGAAAAGAAAAAAAAAGGUGCUAAGAUGCUAUGGUAUGGAGCAGAUAAAGAACAAAUUUGUGAGACCUUGAGUAUGGCUCAGAACAACAAGUACCAAGGAACAAAUGUAGGAGAAACAGAAAUUGACCCUAGAGGUUGCUUAUAUAUUGAAAACAGUAAUGAGCAAGAAUUUGGUAAAAAAAUGAUGACAGCAACAGGCUCUUUAGCGAGUGAUAACAUGGGAGUAAUAAGACAGGAUGGUAGAGAAUGUCUAGCGUUAGGGGAUAAAGAAACCAUUUUUACAGGUGCGUAUAAAUAUAUUGGAACAGAUAAAACAGUGCCUGUAUUGAAAGGCCAUAUUUAUAGUACAAAGAAAGGUGAUGAUGAACUUGAAGUAAAAACUAAUGCUGAAGAAUCAAGGAAAUAUAAUAGUGAACCCAAAUCUGAAACUGAAAAUGCAAGAACAGAUUAUAGUGAACCAAUUGUGCCUGAAAAUACAGGAAUUUAUAAAAUUGCCAAAUCUACAAGUGCAAAGAAAAAAAAAUCCUCCCAUAAAGCUGUAAGAGCUACAGAAUUGAGCAGGGAAGAUAAAACAGGAUGUGAAAUCCCCCCAGGAGUGAGCAGUAGUGUGGAGUGUGUUACUCACAGUCAGCAUCAGACACAGCAUAGAGAGCCUGGACCACAAGCUGGGAGAUGGGAAGCUCUGGAGAUAUAUCGUAGGUCAAGGGCAGUGGCGGAGCAUCAGAGGGGAUUAACUGAGCCGCGGAGAGAAACGGCUGAGCAUCAGACGGGAGUGGCUGUGCCACGGAGGGCAGUGGCUGAGCAUCAGACGGGAGUGGCUGUGCCACGGAGGGCAGUGGCUGAGCAUCAGAGGGUAGUGGGUGAGUUGCGAAGGGAAGUGGCUGAACCAUGGAUUGGAGUGGCUGAACCACGGAGGGAAGUGGCUGAACCAUGGAUGGGAGUUGCUGAACCACGGAGAACAGGAACAGCGUGGCAGGAUCCUAAAGCGCUAGUGAACAAGCAUUUGUUUGACAUGAAGAAAGAUGAGGAGGAGACUCAAGUGAUGGUUUGUGAUAGCCCGUGGAGGCAAAAGACAGGGAAAAAUGAUCCAAAACUUUCUACCCAAAAAGAUUUGGCUAGAACAUCUGCACCAGAAUUCAACGGUCCAUUAGAAGCCAGUGAAAUGAGGGUUGGUGUCAGGGUCAUGAGGGGACCAAAUUGGUGUUGUGGAGAUGUGGACGCACCACCCCCUGCCCUGGGUACCGUCGUCAUGGACGCUCACCUACUCUACGGCUUCGUGACUGUGAGAUGGGACAACGGCCACGUAGACAAGUACAAGAUGGGCUUCGACAACAUGUACCAGCUACGGCUGGCCAACACGGCUGCGGCUGGUGUGUGAAAA